CAGCCGCAAUUUUUUUAAUUUACAUGGCAAAUUAGACAUGUUCAUUCAGUAUGUCAGUAAAAGAUUAACUAGGCUUCGUGACCAAGGCUUAGCAAUCAAAGAAUUUAACUAAGUUGGUGUUGAGAGAGGGGAUUAGACUUGACCCUGCAUUCUUAAACCAUUCGCUCAAGUUUUUCUCAAUGAGAACAUUGUCUUUGAGUCAUGUACUUCUUGAAGAUGAAAGGGUUAUCGAGCAUUUCAUUUCACAUUGUCCUUUGAUUGAGCAUUUAACUCUUCAUUUUUGUUAUGUAUAUAACCCUUCACGUGGAGGAUACACACUAUUCUAGGAUUAUGACCUAUUGAGUGAAAUAUUUAAGCUUGCAACUUGCAAGGUCUACAAAAGCUGAAGGGCGCUGAUAUCCGAGGAAUACAAGAGGUAUAUAUUGAUGCUCCGAAUCUUGAGAACUUAUAUUAUCGUGCUCUUGAUAUGGAUACACCUUUUAAGAUGAAUUUGGAUAGUUGUACAAAUUUGAGAUGGUUGAACUUGCAGAAUUUGAGGAGCCCAAACAAGUGAUUCCUUGAACAGUUUUAUUGGAUUCCUUUCCUUGAGAGUUUGAUGUUGCAUAAUUGCUCUAUGUUUGAGCAUGAAAGGAUUAAUAUUCCAAGUCCUGAACUGAAGUUCUUCAGUUUAUCACAUUGCUCUAACUUGAAGGAGGUCAACAUUGAUGCUCCAAAUUUAUUAUCCUGCGAGUAUGACGGGAAAGGCAACCCUGUCAUAUCUUUUCUGAGAAUUUCUAAUCAACUUGAACUCAAUGCUCAUUACGGUGUGAUUAUGAAUCAUCGUCAUGUUUAUAGCUUGAGGGAAUUUGUCCAAAACAUUAAACCCCAAAAGGUUUUGGCAUCUCUUUCCCUUUUUAUCCACGAGCCAUAUUCGAUUAGAGAAAUCCUGGGUGUGGGUGUAUUGCAAGUUUCAUCACCUCCUCCAUGUAUUAAACAUGUUCAAUUAUGUUUUCCUAUGAAUAUGGAAGCUCGCUAUUUUCCCCUUAUGAAUUGGUUGCUUUCAAGUUGCUUCCCGAAAACUAUUUCAUUCUGCUUGCAAUCUAAUUUUAACAUGAAGGCAUUCAUUGUGUUUUUCUAUGAGAUGCUGAUGGAUAGAAAGAAGUGCGGGUGCUAUCUCCGUUCAAGGAGCAAACAGUGUUGUUGGCAUGGGUUGAAGGUUGUGAAGGUCACACAUUUAGAAAGGACUUAUGAAAAUGUUGAAGAUCUUAAAGCCAUGUUAGAUGCAUUGCCAGAAUCCCCUGUUGAGGAAUUAAUCACUUUUGGCUUAGAGUUGUAAUCUUGCCAGACAUGCAUUCCCCAUUUGAGUUUCUUAGAUGUGUGUGCGUAUGCAUUCAUCUUAGUGCUUAUGUAUAUACUAAGUUAAAUCUUUUUGCUUAACAUAAUCUACUAGUGACACAGUAUAUUUGGAUAUCAUUUAUUAGAAUUUUCUAGAUUCUGCCAUCAAUUGAAUUCUGGAAUUUCAAUUUAAGCGGAAUAAUGUGGUUGUUCUAGGUGAAAGUGCAAAAUGAAUGAUACAAGCAAUGGUAUUGUGACCCAUUAUAUGAUGUGAUA